AUGGGCCCUAAGCUAAGCGUGAAUAAGAAACUGGAAAAGCGGAUGCUUCAGGUUUUUAAGUUUACUACCGCCUUUGAAACUGUUAACCAUCACAUCCUCCUGUCCACUCUCAAGGCAAUGGGGGUCUCUGGAAUGGUGCUACAAUGGUUCAGGUCUUACCUCUCGGGUAGGUCCUUUAGAGUAUCUUCACGCAUCUCAUCUUGCCUAGCCGACAUCUCGCUCUGGAUGAACGCCCAUCACCUGCAGCUGAACCUUCCAAAAACAGAACUGCUUGUAAUCCCGGCUGACACGAAGACUCAUCACAACCUUUCCAUUCAACUAGGCUCAUCAACCAUCACACCUUCCAGAAACGCAAGAAACCUGGGAGUGGUGAUCGAUGAUCAGCUCAACUUCACGGAUCAAGUUGCCAGCACUGCCCGGUCCUGUAGAUUCAUCCUCUACAAUAUCAGGAAAAUUAGACCCUUCCUAUCAGAGCAUGAUACACAAAUCCUUGUCCAGGCUCUUGUCCUGGCCAGACUGGACUACUGCAAUGCACUACUGGGAGGACUUCCAGCUUGCACAACCAAACCUCUACAGAUGAUCCAGAAUGCUGCGGCAAAAGUUAUCUUUAAUGAACCAAAGCGAGCACACGUCACUCCUCUACUCAUUAAGCUACAUUGGCUUCCCGUAGUCGCUCGCAUCAAAUUCAAGACUCUGCUCCUGGCCUACAAGACCACUACUGGUUCGGCACCACCUUAUCUUAAAUCGCUAAUGCAGACAUAUGUAGCCGCCAGAUCCCUACGCUCUGCAAACGAACGACGUCUUGUGGUGCCAUCCCAUAAAGGUAAAAAAUCUCUCUCGCGCACCUUCUCCGGAUCUGUUCCACCUAUGUGGAAUGAUCUGCACACUGCUACAAGAUCUGCAGAUUCUGUAGCCAUCUUUAAGAAACGCCUGAAAACACAUCUCUUC